ACAGUAAAACUUGUCUUAGCUUUCAUGUUAACCGGCGUGAUGUAGUUUAUAAUAAUAUUAGCUUAACAAAUAUAAGUAAAUACUACUUGUGACGUUAUUAAACAAAGAGGUUGGGUUGGCCGUACAAAACCACUGUUAUCACCAAUACCGACUUUACAUGAAAUAAUCACUCCUUAGUUUAACUUACUAAUAAGAGAUUUUAAAAAAUUCAUUAUCCAAACAUACAUAUCCGCAUCGAGAUAUUCGUGAAAACUACCGGCGGAUUGUAGCAAAGACGCGUCAGAGGUGGUGGCUAAAUUAUAUAUAUUCACUUACAAAAAGUUCGGGUUAAAUAUUUAAGCUUAGUUCGUGCAAAAUGUAAUAUUUUCAAACGUUAUCGCGCGCUGCAAGUAUCAAGACUGCAUAGCUCGACGUUCUCGGUCCCAGUAAAUACAAGGUAAUGGCUAAGUACGCACGCGGUCUAGUACAGAGUGCGCCGUCGGUGCAGUCCCGCCUUAGCACAAUCCGUAGAGAGUCGCAUUUCCGUUCCCACACAGCGAUACACGCGACAACCGCUAAAAACCUCCAAAAGAAAAACACGAAACAAAACUAUUUAAAAAAAGAACAAGACAAUAUAUUUUAAUAAACAAAAAAAAACAAAUUAAAUUUUAAAUUUAAAAAAAGAAUUAUUUGUAUUAAUAUUCAUAUCGUUCGGCUAGUGCUUAGUGCUAAAAAAAACAAAACAAAAACAUAUUUUUCGGUACUAGUGAAUUUUUUAAAACGUUCGAACAUAUCAAAAGGAAAUCUAAGGACCCGAACUAUUUUAUAUCUAUAAGGACACUUUUUUGUGUAGUGACAGAGUAUGAUGUGUUAUUUGUUUGUUAUUGGUGACAGUGUAUCCGCCGAGAAGUACGGCUAGUGUUUGAUGACCAGGUGAUCGAGGAUCGGGACUUUUUGCGUUCGUUUUUUUUUAAUUUUAGUUACGAAAAUUACUACCGAAGUGUCAAACUGGACCGAGGAGGAACAGGCCACCUCUGACGCAUGUACGUAUCUCUGGAUUUCUCCCACUGCAACGAUGCAAACCCAGAGUGUGAAAAUUCCGCGGAGAGUAUGUCUAGAACGGGUGGCAGAGGAGUUGAUGGGUCGAAGAAAAUGGAAACUAUAUCAAGACGGGUUAAUACCAAAGCGCACCGAAGGCGAUCAGUCGAGCGACGAAGAGAGCAUCGCUGCCUCAGACCCCCCGCCCGCGCUCAAGAUCAAGACCAUCGAGCAGAUCAACGCGCCGGAGAAACAGGAGAGAGCAGAGAGACAGGAGACACAGGAGAACCAGGAGAAGGAGAAGCCGCGGAGGGAGACGAUAUUGGAGAGUCUAAUAAAGAGGCCCGCCACACAGCCCAAGAUGGAGAUGGCGGAAGAGCCCGCCGACUGGAAGCCAGCCGACCGCUGUUACUUCUGCGUCGACGGCGACAGGCCUGAGCAGCCGGACGGCAGGGCGGCGACUGGUGCCACUAGUCCAGCCUCAGAGUCAGACAGCAGCUCGGUGUCGGGCGCCAAGAGUCCUGCGGGGCCUCCACUGCUGCACCACCUGCUGCAGUUACAGCUGCAGGGACAGAAUCCCCAGGCGAUCGCGCAGCAGGCCUACACGGAGAUGUGUGUGCAGUUCCAGCAGAUGAUCGCGGCCCUGGCGGCGCUGGGCACGGGGCUGGUGCCGCCGGCGCUCUCGCAGGCCUGGAUGAUGCAGCGACUGGCGACGGCCAGGCCCCCGCAGGAUAGCAGGCUAUCAGAAAGCGACAAAGUUGCACAGCCGAGCUCCUCGCCAACGAUAACGGAACAGCCCCUUGACUUAAGCGCCAAGUCCACCUCAAGCACCAGCGGCACUCCGCCUCCUGACUCCAAGAACCUGGAGAACAACAGAUUAAAACGAGCAGUCCUCGAGGGGUCGAGCAACAGCUCCACGAGACGAGCUUACACCGAAGAUGAGCUUCAGUCGGCGCUACGGGAGAUCCAGUCCGGACGCCUCGGCACCCGUCGUGCUGCCGUCUUAUACGGCAUCCCAAGGUCGACCCUACGCAACAAGGUCAAUAAGUUUGGCCUCAUGUCCGAUACUGGCCAGGAGUCAGAUCAAGACAGCGAGCCCGACAAACCAGAGUCACCUCCCUCGGUCAUCCUCAAGAUACCGACCUUCCCACCGCCAGACGACAAGAGUCCAUCCCCCGCCACUCCGGUAACGACCCCAGUUACCCCAAUCACACCAAUCUUACCCCAACCCUCCCUGAAUCCAACCUCCCAGUUUAUGCCACUCUCGGUUUUCGCGGACCCCCAACCGCCAACCCAACAAAUCUUCACAUCUUUGAGCGAUGUAAUAGCAAAAAGCAUCAGCCAAAAGUUCCAACAGCCUUUAGAUAGACAUUCCCAAGCCUCUGAUUUACCUUUUCUACGAGGGCCCGAUAGACACGUCUCUGUUAUAAAAACUCCUCCAGACAACCAGAGAAAUUACGCGAUGCCGAGCAAUUCUAAAAUGAAUUCUAACAACAACGGGCAGCCAGCGAUUGGUGGGAAAGGUACGAGGCCAAAACGAGGGAAAUACAGAAAUUACGAUAGAGAUAGUCUCGUGGAAGCGGUGAAAGCUGUCCAAAGAGGCGAGAUGUCUGUGCAUCGCGCUGGGUCGUACUAUGGCGUUCCACAUUCAACUUUAGAAUACAAGGUCAAGGAGAGACACUUAAUGAGGCCGCGGAAGCGAGAGCCAAAGCCGCCUCAGGAUAUCAAACCUCAGCCGCCAAAACCUCCUCCGAAACCACCAACAAAACCGUUUACGAAUGGGUUGAACGGUCCUGAAGGUGGAUACCCCCCCGGUUAUCCUUUCUGGCCGGGCGCUGGCUUCGCCCCACCACCCGCUCCGGAUCUGUACGCGUCGCAUAUGAUGAGACGGUUGCGGGAAGAAGCGCCUCCACCAGCGAACGGAUCGUUUCUCGAAGGUAUAAUACGGUCGAGUUUGGAACGACCGGGUGCAGCUUUAUUGCAGAGACUAAGCGCGCCUCCCGUGUCGCCCCCUGGUGGAUCGAUGAGGAGACGAGCGUCGCCCGGGGAAGAACCUUUAGCGCGUCGACCGCGGUUAGACUCCGACCAUCAGCUAGCCGCAGAGAUGCGUGAGGCGGUGCAGCGGCUUCGAGCAAAGGAGCUCCGGCCGCGUAACGGUACGCCGACCCCGCCGCCCGCGUCGCCGGCCGAGAGUGCGGGGUGCGGGGAGCGCGCCUAGCCUCCGCCGCCAUCCCUCGGAACAUUCCCGCUAGUGCAAUAGACCGCCCGUUUGUGCAUUUACAACCCCCUUCUCAUCCCUGCAGUAGUUCGGUUCAGUACGGACUAUACGGAUCUGGUUCCAUUCCGGUUUGGUUCCUGAUGCAAUCUUAGACUCAUUUUAAUACAAAAGCUAGUGUAUUUAAUGUCGCCCACUCCGGUUCGAGUUUUGUGUGUGAAACCGGAGUGAAACCGUAUUCGUUUAAUCCAAGCCUAAGGUAGGUUCCGCUUCCCCCCUUAACCCCCCUCCACGGUUACACAAUGUAUCACCAAAUAAUCACAAUAGUUACCUAAAGUCACAACCGAUUCAAUAUGACACAGCUUUACUAAUGCAAUAAUCACAAUUAAAUAAAUAGUGUUAGACGCCCAUGAUUAGUGGACCGGUGGGUUUUGUGUGAUCAAUGCGGUGCCAGUGUUAAACCGAACUUAGAAGUUCCAUUUUUAAAUUUCCGCUUUUUGAAAUUUCUGUCGAUUACGUACGGUACUUUGAUUCUUUGACUACCAACAUUAAAAAGUAAAUUUUGGCUGUUCCUUUUUAACGCCGAUUCCGGUUUAACACUGGGUCCGCCCAGCAAUCAGGUUGUCCAAAAUUUCUUUCCUAACUCCGGAUGCCUCACUUUUGACCUUGUUUUAAGUAAAAGACAACCAAAAGUUAAUGUUAUGAAAUCAACUAUUUAAAUAUUUUUAAGUAAAUAAAAAAAAAACAAUGUAACAAAUUAAUUAUAAAGCUAGCUAUGUGUGUAAAUGUUAUCGAUUUUUAAGUGAAUAAACGCAGAUUUUGUGCGGUGUUUUUAUAAUUAGAUAGGUAAUAUAUUGAAUGAAAUUAACUACGGCGGGAUCGGUCACACCAUCUCUUCGGGUUUGGCGCAGGGCCGGAAAUGCGUGGACGAUGGGGCAGACGUAUUUCCGGGGCUCCACGAAGCCGAUUGUGCAAUUAUUAUUUUGUAAAAAAAUAGUAAUUUAAAAAGUGUGUGUACGGAUUUCCAUAUUACUAAAUGUGAUAUUUAGGUAUUACGAUGAAAAGUGCGGUUUGGCGUCGGGCGGUCGCCGGUUAUACACCGGCGCAAAUACGACUAAAUCUUAGUACAUCUACCCCCGUAUUGUCUUACUCUUCUGACAGAUGGUAAAUAAUUGUCAAACAUGUCAUCCCCCUUACCAAAUUGGAGAGUGUACAACCCGCGCUGUCAAAUCACUAAUGUUUCGUAUGGCGACGGACGGUUGGCUACCUGUCAGAAAAGUCGAACAACACGGCAGCUAGUGAACUUAUAUAUUUUAUGUACUAUUAUUGUAUCUUAAGAAAAUAUAU